AUGAGUAAUGAUGAGGUUGCAGCCUUCAAGAAUGAUAGCACUGCUGGAAAGGAAGCUGUUAGGAAGUAUGGAAAUGGCAAGAAGGAGGCUCCAUUCAAAGAUCUGUAA